AUGUCUGAGCGUAAAGUCCUUCAGAAAUACUACCCUCCAGACUUCGACCCCAAUGAUAUCAGUCGCCGUCGAGGGCCCAAAGCCGCCGGGCCGCGAAUUCAAACCGUCCGACUCAUGGCUCCGUUCUCCAUGAAGUGCUUGAGCUGUGGUGAAUACAUCUACAAGGGGCGCAAGUUCAACUCUCGCAAAGAGAUCCGACCGGACGAAAAAUAUCUAGGCAUUCAGAUCCUAUUCUUCCACAUUAAAUGCACAAGAUGUAGCGCCGAAAUCACUUUCCGAACGGAUCCCCGAAACACAGACUAUGCGAUGGUCAAAGGCGCCAUGCGAUCGUUUGAGCCGUGGAGAAACAGAGAAUUAGCUGAGGAGUCGGUGGAGGAAAGGCUUGACAGGCUAGAACGAGAAGAGGCCGAGGCCGCCGGCGAGGAAGAGAAAAAUGCAAUGGAAGACCUUGAAGCGAAGAACGCCGAUGCCAGACGCGAAAUGGCAGCAGCCGAUGCCCUCGAUGAAAUAAGACAAAGAAACGCAAGGAUACAUCGAUCUGAAAAGGAAGGGACUGACUUUGCGGACACUAUCGUUCGUUCUGAAGAUGAGGAGCGGGAACGGCAAGAGAGAGAGGACGACGAAGCCGCCAAGGCGGCUUUUGCGGCAGCCAAACGGCUAGGCAACUCUACUCUUGAUAGCAUAGGCGAGGCGGAAGAGACGGCCGUUGAAGUCGCUGAACCUCCGACUCUGACCAAUGGCGACAGCACGGCAGAGAAGGCAGCAACGUCACUGGAUACGCGCAUAGCGAAAACUUCGAUAUCCGCCCCAUCACAGCCGCCCUCUUUCAAGAGAGUGGUGAAGAAAAAGAAGGACCAUGCUGCAUUGCUUGGUAUAAAGAAGAAGCCAUCUUUAGUAUAA